AUGAAUGGCUUCGAAUCUAAGGGUCUGGACGAAGAUGCCUUCGGGGAGAAGUCUAGUUUGACUGCGCUGAAGACCUUCGAUGCCUUUCCCAAAACCAAACCCUCCUACACAACCCCAACCCGCAGCGGCGGCCAAUGGACCGUCCUAAUCUUGCUCGUAUGCACGAUCUUCAGCUGGUCCGAGUUAAAAACCUGGUGGCGCGGCACCGAAAACUACCAUUUCAGCGUUGAAAAGGGCGUCUCGCACGAGCUCCAGCUAAACCUCGACAUGGUCGUGCAUAUGCCCUGCGACCAACUCCGCGUGAACAUCCAAGAUGCAGCCGGUGACCGUAUCCUAGCCGGCGAGCUCCUCAAACGCGACGACACAAACUGGCUCCUCUGGAUGCAGAAGCGCAACUACGAGACCAGCGACGGCGCCCACGAAUACCAAACCCUCUCCCACGAAGAAACCGACCGUCUCGCCGAUCAAGAGGCCGACGCCCACGUCCGCCACGUCCUCGGUGAGGUGCGCCAUAACCCACGCCGCAAGUUCCCCAAGGGCCCGCGUCUGCGCCGCGGCUAUGUCCCAGACUCCUGUCGCAUCUACGGAAGUCUCGAGGGAAACAAGGUGCAGGGUGACUUCCAUGUCACCGCGCGCGGCCACGGGUAUCGCGAGAACGCCCCGCAUCUGGAUCACUCGUCCUUCAACUUCUCCCACAUAAUCACGGAGCUCUCCUUCGGGCCGCAUUACCCGACCCUGCAGAACCCGCUCGACAAGACUAUCGCCGAGAGCGAGGAGCACUUCUACAAGUUCCAGUAUUUUCUCUCCAUUGUGCCGACGCUGUACAGCCGAGGCAAGGGCGCGCUGGACGCGUACACGCGCUCGCCGGAGGCUGCGGCUUCGCGGUCCGGACGUAACACGGUCUUCACGAACCAGUACGCGGCAACGAGCCAGUCCAGCGCGAUCCCUGAGUCGCCGAUGGUCGUGCCGGGCAUCUUCUUCAAGUAUAACAUUGAGCCGAUCCUGUUGCUGGUCAGCGAGGAGAGGGCGGGCUUUUUGACACUGAUGAUUCGGGUUAUUAACACCAUUUCAGGUGUGCUUGUUACUGGUGGCUGGCUUUAUCAGAUCACUAGUUGGGCUGGCGACGUCUGGGGUCGUAGGAAGAAUAGGUCGACUGAGGGGUAUUUGACAGGCAAAUCUUCCGAGUGA